AUGUCUGUGUGCUCGCAGGUGUUGGAGAUGGCACGAGACUGUCUGCACAAGUCAGAGUCUAAACAAGUCACCAGCACAUACUUCUACGACAUGGCUGACAGUUUGGAUAGACUGUUAGCUGAGACUCGUGAAAAGUCAGCGGAGGCGGGUGGCAAGGUGGCGCCGCUGGUGACGCCGCUGACGCUGGCGAUGGCGCGGCCGGCGCGCCUGCUGGAGUGCCUCGAGUUCGACCCCGAGAGGUUCUACCGCCUGCUGGAAGCCGCCGAGGGACAUGCGAGGCACCUGCAGUUUGCUAAGAAGACUAGCAUGCCAUACCCGGUCGAAAGCCUUGGAAAUAUCGAGGGAAACAGCAAGGGCUUCGCCUUGUUUCUCAAUGGCUUCACCCCAGAUGUGGGUGGCAUAUACUAG